AUGACGCCCGACGACGAGAUUCGCGCGGCCGCCCAGAGGGCCCAGCCUCCGCAGAUUGACCCUUCUCGCUCACACGACCCCUCCAACAACCUAAAGCGCAGCGAUCCCUUCCAGUUUGGAUCUCGGUACCUCGAAAAGGGCGACGAUGUCUUCGAAUUCAAUGCCUGGGACCAUGUCGAGCCGGACGAGGACUUCAAAGCCUACGCGGAGUGCCAAUACGAGAAGCAGCGCGCUGCACCCGUGACGGACUUUGACAAGAACCGUUUCAACCAGGACCCGGCCAAAUGGUGGAACCUGUUCUACAAGAACAACACGGAGAACUUCUUCAAGGACCGCAAGUGGUUGCGCCAGGAAUUCCCCGUUUUGGAAGAAGUGACACAGAAGGACGCAGGACCCCAGGUCGUGCUUGAGGUUGGAGCGGGCGCGGGUAACACUGCAUUCCCACUGAUUCGGAAUAACGAGAACGAGCACCUCAAGGUUCAUGCGUGCGACUUCUCCAAGUACGCCGUCAAGGUGAUGCGCGAGAGUGAGCACUACGAUGAGAAGUACAUGGUCGCCGAUGUCUGGGAUGUUGCUGCUGAGCCUGACGAGAACGGCGACUACUUGCCUCCCGGUCUGACGGAGGGCUCUGUCGACGUUGUGAUUCUCAUUUUCAUCUUCUCGGCCCUGAACCCGGUUCAGUGGAACCGAGCUCUGCACAACAUUUACCGAGUCUUGAAGCCCGGUGGUCGUGUCCUGUUCCGCGAUUACGGUCGUGGAGAUCUGGCCCAGGUCCGCUUCAAAAAGGGUCGCUACAUGGAUGAGAACUUCUAUGUUCGUGGCGACGGCACUCGCGUCUAUUUCUUCGACAAGGAUGAACUGCUCCAGAUGUGGGGUCGGUGGACCCUGGAGAAGGGCCUGCAGGUUGAUACCGAGAGCACACUGGAGACCCUGCCUGCUGAACCCAAUGCGCCGUUCGAAGUCGUGCACAUGGGCAUUGACCGCCGACUGCUGGUCAACCGCUCGAGCAAGCUGAAGAUGUACCGCUGCUGGAUGCAGGGCCACUUCCGUAAGCGCGAUGUUGCUGCUGCUGCGACCGCCGAAACUGGCCAGUGA